AGGCUUUUCCCAAAUAAUUUCGUUAUCAAGCAUGACUCUAGUUUUAUUCAAGCAAGCAUAUUUGAGUUUAGUAAUUUUGUUUCAUAUUGGACUCGUUGUUGGUGUUGCAAGUGAGGCUGCCAGUGAGAAGCGAGAUGAGUCUGGAGGAUCUCAGACUAAUUUGGAGUAUAGAACUGACUGUUCCAAACUGAGACCUGGCCAGUAUUUAUGUUUAGACUUCAACAUAGACCCAAACACACAACAACCCAAGAACUGUCAUCAUCAGCUACACUAUGCUAACAUUACGUGUCAGAGCGCUCCUGGAAUUAUCUGCAGCGAGACAGGCAACUCUACCUUUACCAGCACCACACCCUGUCGACCCACUAGUGGCCACAAUUAUGAGACUGCCCUGCUGCUCUCCAUAUUUCUUGGAAUGUUUGGGCUGGAUCGGUUCUACCUUGGUUACCCUGCAAUAGGUCUGGCAAAGCUAAGCACACUGGGCUUCUUCUUCCUGGGCCAGCUGAUCGACAUCGUGCUGAUAGCCACGCAGACCAUCGGACCAGCAGAUGGGUCUCACUACGUUAUCAGCUACUACGGCCCUGCAAUCUCCGUGGUGACUCGUGACAAUGACACAUACCUCAUGCCACAGCCUGAUUGGCUUGUUGCAUCAUGAGAGGGAUAUUGCCCCAUUGCGCCUAGUUAUAAUGUCGUUUUAUGAGAAGUCACUCAUUUUUUACUUUAUCAUUAGAUAUCAUGUUUGUACUCUGAUGCGUUGUGAUGUUACCUAGUACUCAACUGCAUCAGAAUGUCUCUUGUAUCCAAGAGUUGUGCCAUUCUAUGAGUGCUUUAUUACAUUAUUUAAAUGAUUGCACGUUACAUAUUGGGUACCAACGUAAUGCGGCACAGUGCUGCCUUUCACCAUUGAAAUUAUAUGAUAACUUGAUGCAGCCACCAAUGCACUCACGCAUGUUUUGGAUGAUACCAAAUGCACCCACGAUUCUGCUCGUCAGUCACGCGAGUCGGGUGCCCCACUUUUUACUAACUGAGACUGUUGGAUACUACUUAAGCUCUACAUUGAACCGAAUAACCUAUUUAUUUCAACGCUUCUGUGGUAGUAUCCUAUUUAUUGUACAUAUCAUGAUCAUACAUAAAUUGUAAAUACAUUAGAUAUGUUUACAUCGAAUGAAACUCAGUAUUGUAUAACUUUAUAAAGAACCGAUACAACAUAGAAUUGUAUCUGCAAUAUUAUUUAUCACCAGAAAAAUUUAAUUAAGAAUAUGAGGAUGUAUGUGGGAUUCAAUCCAAUAAUUCCACCUCCCUAUUUCGAAUAGUUGUUUGCCUGCUGACUGGAAGUUUUAUUGAAUAGUUAUUUAGUGAAUAUUCUGAAGAUUACUUUUCAAUGUGAUACAUUUCAGGGCAAAUAUUUCCAGCAGUCGUAAAAGCGAGGUUAGAAAAAAUGGAAGUUUAUUUUCUUAUUUGACGUGAACUGCUACAAUCAUGCUUAUCUAUUUCUUCAAAUCCGUUUUAAGGCUUUGCUGCACGAAAACGUCUUGUUACAUGUCACCCAUGGGCUGGAAUCAUGGUCGUGAAUUGCAGCUGGAACUAACGACCAUUCUUUUUUUUUCCUGCCCAAACUAAAAAUCACACUUUAAAUCAAGUCGUCUUGCAAAUUACGACCACCUCGGGCAUUUUUUAUGUCAACUGCGGCCUUUAGCGCUAUUCUUCUCCCUAUCACCAAAAGCGUUCAGUAAUUCAUAUAGAGAAUUUUGUAAUCUUCCAAUUGAUUUCCACGACACUCGUUUUAGCCCCUCCCUGAAAAACAGUCAUUUGAAUCAAGUAAAGUAUUGUAGUGUCCGGCAGCGUUCUUUGGCUGACGUGGAUGUUGUAAAUGAUAUUCCUUGUUCGUUGGCGCCGCGGAAUGGGAGACACACAGGCUCAAGCAACCUUCGGCGGGCGCGAACCUUAGUAGGUAACUAUUAUCAGCUGAAAGUUAGAGGGCGCAAAAUAUGAACUUGCCGUGCCAGAAACUUAGGGAAAUGGUUUCCAAAAUAUCUUGUCGGUAUCAAGGAUUUUCAUAGUCAAUUAAAAGUUUUUGUUUGAAGCGACUACCAAACAGCUGAGCAGCUCCUAGUCAUAGAAAUUCGUUAUGUCAUUCGAUUGCUUUCUUCUGAACGGUAUUGAGUGGAUGCGGAUUUGAUAGAGAAUUUUCAAAAUCGAAGCAUUGGAUUAGAUGCGCCAUCUAUCAAAAUAAGCGCGAAUCUGAAAUAGGUACAAUUCAGCCUUUUGUCUAUCCGUAGUUUGUAAGUCUUGGGUGUAUGCAAAUGAGAUCAGAUUUGUGACAAGCAAUAAUCGAACAAAAAUUUUCAUGCAUGUUGUUAGUGGUUAAGAUGACCAUGAGGCCAUGCCGACUAAUCCAAAUGCUCCACGUCUGCCCAAUGAUAAAUAAAGACGAUUCCGAUAAAAAUAAGUCUUACCGUGUUUUUAACUGUACUUUAUUAGUUUUUUUUAUCUCAGUUGCUAACCUAUUUCAUAUAAAAUGUGCACUUCAAUCAAGAACUGGAAGAUUUACUGAGUAAUAGUAUGCAUAUUAUAUACAA